AGCCCACAUAAUUCCACUCUACCCCCAACCAACACCAAAAAGCAAUUGAAGAAAACGAAGGCUCGGAGUGGGAAGCUAAGUAAGGGGUAGCGCCCAGUCUUCUUCAAAAAGCAGUGAACCCCUCCCCCAGCCCCAGGUAGUGGAGACAAUUCAAGUAAUCCGUUCAGGCCAGCGUUGAUGGAUUCGAGGUGGAAGGAGAGGAGUUUGGACGCCGGACUUCUUCAGCUGCCGGAAAGUCCACGACAGCCCAUGGAGUUCCUCUCAAGAUCAUGGAGCGCUUCAGCUCUACAGCUGUGCAAGGCUUUAGCAGCUCCCAAACCUGCUGCUACUAUUGCCACCAGCCUUGCAGCCCAGCCGCCGGAGAGCGCUGCCGCCGCCGCUGAAGAUGAGGAGCCGGCAAAGCUCCUCGGAAGCGCAUUCCCUUUUGCUUCUUCUGCUACUUCUCAACUCGUGCUGGAACGCAUAAUGUCUCAAUCGAUGCACAAUGGGCAAGAAAUCUCGCCGUUAACUUCAGGAAGGCUGUCGCAUAGCAGUGGACCUCUCAACGGUUCUCUUACAGAAGAAACUGAUAGCCCUCCGGUCUCCCCCUCCGAGGAGAUGGAAGAUGUUGUUAAGUACUUGCAAGCAAACAGCACUCUUCAGCCAUUAUUCACAAAUAUGAGGGGAGGAUAUGGCGGUGGCGGCGGCGGCAGCAGCGGCAGCGGCGGAGCAGGCACCCCUGCAGGGGGUAAGACAGUGGGGAGAUGGUUGAAGGAGAGGAGAGAGAAGAAGAAAGAAGAGAGCAGAGCCCAAAACGCUCAGCUCCACGCCGUAGUUUCCGUGGCCGGAGUGGCGGCUUCGGUGGCCGCAAUAGCAGCGGCGACGGCGGCAGCGUCCUCCUCGAACGGAAAGGACGAGAACACGGCCAAGGCGGACAUGGCAGUGGCGUCCGCCGCAAUGCUGGUGGCCGCGCAGUGUGUGGAGACGGCGGAAGCCAUGGGAGCCGACCGCGACCACCUUAUGUCGGCGAUUAGCUCCGCCGUGAACGUGCGCUCCCAUGGGGACAUUUCGACUCUCACGGCGGCGGCCGCCACAGCUCUGCGUGGAGCCGCCACUCUCAAGGCCAGGGCAUUGAAGGAAGUUUGGAAUAUGGCGACAGUGAUCCCCACAGAUGAGGUAGCCGCCGGCGCAGGAAGAGGCAAAGGUGGUCGUGGCAACAACAAUAGCAAUAGCCAUGGCAAUGGGUAUUGUGAGGGACUCGACAUUGAAGAGAAUUUCCUGGGCGUUUGUAACCAAGAAUUGCUCGCCCGGGGUCGCGAGCUUCUCAAGAGGACCCGGAACGGCGAUCUUCACUGGAAAAUAGUUUCUGUGUACAUACACCGUAGCGGGGAGGUAGUGCUAAAGAUGAAGAGCAAGCAUGUUGCAAAUACCAUCACCAAGAAGAAGAAGAAUGUAGUAUUAGAGGUAUGCAAAGACAUAGCGGCAUGGCCAGGGAGACAUCUGUUCGAGGGAGGAGAGCAGUUCAGAUACUUCGGGCUGAAAACGCAAGUGCGGGGAUUGAUCGAAUUCGAGUGCAGGAAUCACAAGGAAUACGAGAUGUGGACUCAAGGCGUUUCAAGACUUCUCUCUAUUGUGGCUGAAAAGAAAUUAAGAAGGUUUCAUAAUUGAAUCAUCCUAUCAUCAUCAUAUCAUAUAAAUAUAAAUA